AUGAGGUUCGCCGCGGCAGGGGCCUGCCUGACAACAAAGCAUAGCCAAUCGCGGCGGGCACGUGUAUGUGCGCGGCAAAUCAGCCUCCCUCCCGAAAGCAUACCCUCCAUGUCCACGCCUAUCGAGAAAAUGCGCAACAUCGCGAUCAUUGCCCACGUUGACCACGGCAAGACCACGCUCGUCGAUGAAUUGCUGAAACAAUCCGGCACGUUCCGCGAGAACGAAAAGACCGCCGAACGGAUGAUGGAUUCCAACGAUCUGGAGAAAGAGCGGGGCAUUACCAUUCUCGCCAAGACGACGUCGGUGGAAUGGAAAGACUAUCGCAUCAACAUCGUCGACACGCCCGGACACGCCGAUUUCGGUGGUGAAGUGGAGCGUAUCCUUCAGAUGGUGGAUGGCGCCAUCGUGCUGGUCGAUGCGGCUGAGGGCCCAAUGCCACAGACCAAAUUCGUCGUUUCCAAGGCCCUGAAAGUCGGCCUUCGCCCGAUUGUGGCCGUGAACAAGAUCGACAAGCCUGAGCGUCGGCCCGAUGAAGUGAUCAACGAAGUGUUUGACCUCUUUGCCAAUCUCGACGCCUCAGACGACCAGCUCGACUUCCCGAUCCUCUACGGCUCGGCCAAGCAGGGCUGGAUGAAUACCGAAUAUGAGAACCAGACCGAGAACAUGGAUUCCCUGUUCCAGAUGGUUGUUGAUCAUGUGCCCGUACCAAAAGUGGAAGAGGGACCGUUCCGCUUCCUCGCCACAACGAUUUCUUCCGAUCCGUUUCUCGGCCGCAUCCUGACGGGCCGCGUCUCGUCCGGCACGAUCAAACCGAACCAGUCCAUCAAGGUGCUGAACCGUGACGGCGAACUGGUCGAGCAGACCCGCGUCUCCAAAGUGCUGGCGUUCCGCGGCCUGGACCGCGUGCCGGUCGACGAAGCCCAGGCUGGCGAUAUUGUGUCCCUUGCGGGUACGACGAAGGCAAACGUAGCCGACACAUUCUGUGAUCCUUCCGUCAGCGAGCCGAUCGAAGCGCAACCGAUCGAUCCGCCAACCAUCUCCAUGACAUUCCGCGUCAAUGAUUCUCCGCUGGCCGGUACCGAAGGUACGAAAGUCACCAGCCGGAUGAUCUGGGACCGCCUGCUGAAAGAGGCCGAAGGCAAUGUCGCCCUCAAGGUCGAGCGUGCCACCGACGCCGAGGCGUUCACCGUCUCCGGGCGCGGCGAGCUCCAACUGGCCGUCUUGAUCGAAACGAUGCGCCGCGAAGGCUUUGAACUGGGCGUCUCACGUCCGCAAGUCGUGAUGCAGGAAGGCCCGAACGGCGAGAAGCUUGAGCCAAUCGAGGAAGUGGUCAUCGAUGUGGAUGACGAGCAUUCCGGCGUGGUCGUGCAGAAACUGUCCGAGCGCAAGGCCGACAUGCUGGACAUGCGCCCGUCGGGUGUCGGUCGUACGCGCAUGAUUUUCCAUGCGCCGACACGCGGCCUGAUCGGUUAUCAGGGCGAGUUGCUGUCCGACACGCGCGGCACCGCGAUCAUGAACCGCGUCUUCCACGAAUACGCCCCGCACAAGGGCAAGAUCCAGGGGCGCCAUACGGGCGUUCUGAUCGCCAUGGAGCAGGGUGAAGCAGUCGCCUUCGCGCUUUGGAACCUGGAAGAUCGUGGUCCGAUGAUGAUCCAUCCGGGCAACAAGGUGUAUGGCGGGAUGAUUGUUGGCGAGCACAAUCGCGACAAUGAUCUCGAAGUGAACGUCCUGAAAGGCAAGAAGCUGUCCAAUGUCCGUGCCUCAGGCACCGACGAGGCUGUCCGCCUGACACCGCCUCUGCAAAUGACGCUGGAACGGUCAUUGGCCUAUAUUGCCGAUGAUGAACUGGUCGAAGUGACCCCGGAAAGCAUCCGCUUGCGCAAAGUGCAUCUCGAUCCACACGAGCGUAAACGUGCCGCGAAAUCGGCGAACGCUUAA